GACGCGAACUUCAGCUGCCGCCCGCCCAACUCCGGGCGGGGAGCACAUGGCGUACAACUACCAGGACGUCGUGUUCGCUCCCUACGGCCCCCGGUGGCGCGCGAUGCGCAAGGUGUGCGCGGUGAACCUCUUCUCCGCGCGCGCGCUCGACGACCUCCGCGCCGUCCGGGAACGGGAGGCCGCGCUCAUGGUGAGGUCGCUCGCCGCCGCGGGGCAGGCCACGGCGGCGGUGCCGCUCGGGAGGGCCGUGAACGUCUGCACUACGAACGCGCUCUCGCGAGCGGCCGUCGGACGGCGGGUGUUCGCUGCCGGCGCCGGCGAUGACGAGGGCGCGAGAGAGUUCAAGGAGAUCGUGCUUGAGGUGAUGCAGGUGGGCGGCGUGCUUAACGUCGGGGACUUCGUGCCGGCGCUCCGGUGGCUGGACCCGCAGGGCGUUGUGGCCAAGAUGAAGAAGCUGCACCGCCGGUUCGACGACAUGAUGAACGGGAUCAUUGCUGAUAGGAGGAAGGCCGGGGUUACAGAGGAAGGCAAGGACUUGCUGGGAUUGCUGCUGGCGAUGGUGAAGGACGCCGGUGGCGAGGAGGAUAGGAUCACCGAAACCAAUGCCAAGGCACUUAUUUUGAUCGACAAACAAACGCCGCCGGCCGGCCAGAACCUGUUCGUGGCGGGGACUGACACUACGUCGACCAUCGUGGAGUGGUCGCUAGCCGAGCUGAUCCGCCACCCGGCCAUCCUCAAGCAGGCCCAGGCGGAGCUGGACGCCGUCGUCGGCCGCGGCAGGCUGCUGUCGGAGUCCGACCUCCCGCGCCUGACCUUCUUCAACGCCGUCAUCAAGGAGACAUUCCGGCUGCACCCUUCCACGCCGCUCUCCCUGCCGCGCAUGGCGGCGGCGGAGUGCGAGGUCGCCGGCUACCGCAUCCCCAAGGGAUCGGAGCUGCUCGUCAACGUGUGGGGCAUCGCGCGCGACCCGGCCCUGUGGGGGCCUGACCCGCUGGAGUUCCGCCCAGCCCGUUUCCUCCCGGGUGGGUCGCAUGCGGAUGUGGAUGUCAAAGGGGGUGACUUCGGGCUCAUACCAUUCGGCGCGGGGCGGAGGAUAUGCGCGGGACUCAGCUGGGGCUUGCGGAUGGUCACGCUCGCUAGCGCCACCCUGGUGCACGCGUUUGACUGGGAGAUGCCGGCGGGCCAAACUCCGGACGAGUUGGAUAUGGAAGAGGCCUUCACUCUGCUGCUGCAGCGGGCGGUGCCGUUGAUGGUUCAUCCAGUACCCAGGUUGCUCCCAUUGGCAUACGAAAUUGCAUAAAAACUCAAGAUAGAUCGAGAAAUGCAUGCUGUGCUCCAAGUUAUGUUAUGAGGCAUCUAUCUGCACUGGCCUCCGUUGCAUUAUUGUGUCAAAUAAAGUCCAUGCUCAUUAGUAGUUCACUUUGAUGUUGUACUAUAUAUUGCUCUAAUACGUCCUUACGUACGAUUGGCAUGCUUUCUGUAACGACCUAAUAUUGUUAUUAACUAGCUGAGCAUUGCACCAUGAGCUAGCAUCAAACUAAUAUAAAGUUUUUGUGAUUGUUUGAAUGCA